AUGGUGGUUCAGGUGAAUUAUAAAGCCAACAGUAUCCCCGAUUCUGGAAAAGCGAAGCAUCCAGAAUUUCUUACCGUUAUGAUUGCUCCAACCGACAAACCUACUAUCGUCAGAUUUAACGCGUCAGAUCCCUCUGUAACACCCGACAGAGCUAUUGAAGAAGAAGCCGAGCAGAUUAAACGGGAUUUGAAACCACACUUUGACAACGACAUACCAGACAAGUCUGGUUUUUUCCCUUCAACUACUCAGCGUGCGACAGGUCUUCUGGGUCUCUCAGACGCAUGCGUUGAUCUGGCGUGUAACCCCUUCUAUAUCGAGAUUGCCAAUAAAUUGGUGUCGUCUACCUUCAAGUACUGGAGAGAUGAUCAACAGGUAACUUGCACUGGGAAGCCCAUCAUAUCUUCCACUGUUGGGUUUCGGGUAAAUCCUGGUGGAAGACAGCAGGUUCUGCACCGUGAUGAUAAUGAUUACCAUCCCACCAAUGAAAUGAUGCCUUGCAUGAUCGGGUGUGUUACAGCAUUGACUAAAACGACAAAAGAGAAUGGUGCUACGAUUGCUAUCCCAGGCUCUCACUUGUGGGGUCCUGACCGCCGGCCAUACAACGAAGAGGCUGUUCCUGCCGAGUUGGAGCCCGGUGAUGCAUUCAUCUUCCUCGGCAACACUUAUCACGCCGGUGGCGGCAACAUCACGCAAGAUGAACGUCGCGAGACCGUGGGCAUAUUCCUUUGCAAGCCUACACUACGACCUGCGGAGAACCAGUUCUUGAUGGUCCCAUUAGAACGAGUGAGGAACCUGAAACCACAGGCUCAAAGGCUACUUGGCUACGGUGUUUGCGACCCGGGCGUGGGUUUCAUGAACUAUCAAGACCCGAUGAGGGUCCUGUUUGGGGUAGAAGAUGAAGAGACUUAUGACAUGUGA